AUGGUUGCUGUUAUCACGGAAUAUCUUGUUAAUAACUUUACAUUUGCACCUGAAAUUUAUAUACUCGGAGAACAUCAUAAUGAUGAACAUAGAACAGAUCCUUUAUCACGAGAAUCAACAAUGAGUGGAUCAGUAAUGAGUUCACAAAGUUGGAUAAAACCAAUGGAUGGACCAUCAUUACUUCAUCCAUUAUUUAAUCGUAAUCAUAUACAACAAAUUUCUCCAGUUACUCCUACGUUUCCGAAAAAUUUAGCGAAAUUACGUGAAGAACAAGAACGUCUUUAUUUACUUCAAAAGGAAUUAGCUCGAAAACGUCAUGAACUAGAAAGUCAAAAUGAAAAAGAAAAAGCAGCUAUUAAAAUUCAAAAUGCUUUUCGAAAAUAUCGCCAUCGUAAUCAUAUAAAACAACAACAAAAAGCUGGUGAUAUUGAAUAUGAACAUUUACAAAAAGAAAGAAGAGCAUCAACUUAUGAAAAUUAUGCCGAAGAAAAUAAAAUACAUGAUGUUGUAAAAAUUUCAAAUCGUCUUCAAAAAUUAAAAGCAAAACGUAUUGAAUUAGAAAACAAUUGUGCAAAAAUUGCUCAUCAAUUGAGAUAA